AUGCCAGAAGACACGCAAACUGUAAAAAUCGUGCAAGUUAAUCUAGGACGAGGAAUGGCGGCAUAUAAAGAAUCUUUACAAAUGGCCGUCAACCAAAAAAUUACACUUCUCUUACUGCAAGAACCAUAUAUUGGUUCAAAAGGGCAUGUUACUUGUAAUCGCCGCGUUAUACAAAAAGUGAAUAACAUAAUUGAUAAACCGGUUAAAUCGGCAGUCAUCGUUGUUGAUCCCACGUACUUAAUUAUAGAAAAUCCAGAAUACAUAAGUGAAAAUAUAGUAGGCUUUAUAAUUAAAGUAGGAAACCAUAGUAUAGGAAUACUUAAUGUGUACUUGGAAAAAAAUGGGGAUCUAGAUGAAGAUAUCAGAAACAUUGUGAAAAUUGCACAGAACAUGGACACCGAGGACAUCAUCUUGGCAGGGGACUUCAAUGCAAAGAGUCCUUGGUGGGGUAGCAGAGAGGAAGACAGGAGGGGAUUACACUUAUCGGAAAUGAUAGCAGAAAUGGACAUGAACAUACUAAACCAAGGAAACGACCCUACAUUCUAUCAGUAUCGAGCUGGAAAACUCUAUAGCAGUCUGGUGGAUGUAACCGCUUGUACAUCUUCGUUACUACACAAGGUAGAGAAAUGGAGAGUAGAUCCAGACUUUGUUACACUUUCUGACCAUCGAGCAAUUCAAUUCCAAAUAAACAUUAUCAUAGAUAGACAGAAAACUUCCCCCAGAAAAUCCACACGUUUAUUUAACACCGCUAAGGCAAAUUGGUCAAUUUUUAGGGAUGUUUUAAAAGAAGGGUUAGAAAAUGACAAAAUUACUGAAAUAAAAGUUAAUCUAAUAAAAACAACAAAUGAUUUGGAAGACAUAUUAGACAAAUACAUCAAACAAGUCAGCAUUGCUAGUAAACGGGCAAUACCACCUAUCUCUAAAAAGAUUAACACAACCUGCACACCCUGGUGGACUAAGGAGUUAGAAGCUGAACGACGAGAAUUAAUAAGAUUAAGAAGAAGAAUAAGAUUUGCGAACACUAGGCGUAAACCCUUCCUUAUCCAAGAAUUUACAGCAGCUAAAGAAAAAUAUGUGAGUAACAUAAUGUUUACAAUUACUGAGAGCUGGAAGCAGCUAUGUACAAAGCAGGAAAAAGAGACAAUAUGGCAGAGCAUUUACAGAAUUAUUAGGAAAUGCACAACAAUAAGCGAAGACAAACUUUUGCGUUUAGGAGAAAAAACUCUAAAUCCGAAUGAUUCAGCUAUGCUACUAGCUAAAGUAUUCUACCCUGAAGAUGAAGUAAAUAAGGACACUGAAGAACAAGGAAAAGUUCGUGAUGAAUCGAAUGCAAUUAUUAAAGAUCUAAGAUAUGACUCUAUUAGUUUUCGGGAAUUCACCGAAGAAGAAAUAGAAAUGGUACUACAAAGAAUGAACCCUAAAAAGGCACCAGGAGAAGAUGGUAUAACAUCAGACAUCUGCUAUGAGGCUUACAAAACUUCACCGUCAACGCUGAAGGCAAUUUUCAACAAGUGUCUAGAAUUAGGGCACUUCCCCGAGAUCUGGAAAAAGGCUGUUAUAAAAGUCAUUCCAAAGCCGGGGAAAGAUGAUUAUUCAGUACCUAAAUCAUACCGACCUAUUGGAUUACUACCGGUAUUUGGGAAGAUCUUAGAAAAAUUGUUUGUAGGGAGACUUCUAUGGCAGUUAGGAAGUGAAGAUAAACUCAACAGUUUGCAAUACGGAUUCAUGCCUCAGCGCAGUACAGAAGACGCUUUAUAUGAUACAAUGACGGUGAUAAGACAGGGCAUCAAAGAAAAAAUGAUCGUUGUAGUGGUAUCUCUUGACAUAGAAGGGGCAUUUGAUAAUGCUUGGUGGCCCCAAAUAAUCAGAGAAAUGAAAAGGAAAAAGGUUAGUCCAGAGAUUCUAAGGUUAGUCACUAGUUACCUGUCAUUUAGAAGCAUUUUACUAAAGUAUGCAGGAGCAGAAGUCACAAAAUCAACCACCAAAGGCUGUAUACAAGGGUCUACCUGUGGACCUAUCCUCUGGAAUAUUCUUUUAGAUCCCCUUCUCGAAUCAAUUUCAAAACUAAAUGUCCGUAUACAGGCGUAUGCGGAUGACAUACUUGUUAUUGCAAAAGGACAUUCAGCUAAUGCAGUAGAAGAAAAAUUAAAUCCAGCUUUAGAGCAAGUAAUGGCAUGGGGGAAAAAACACAAAUUGAACUUCGCACCACAUAAAACUCAAGCAAUAGUAAUCACAAAAAAGCUAUCCUAUGAAAUUCCUAUAAUUAAAAUGAAUAAUAUCAUUAUCAAACCAUCUUCGAGUCUGAAAGUACUUGGUGUUACUUUUGACACAAAUUUAAAUUUCGUAGAACAUUUAGAUGGAGUUCUCAGAAAGGCACUAAACAUCUAUAAAACCAUAUCGAGAACAGCAAGAGCCAACUGGGGUCUUAACUCAGAGAUAGUCAAAACUAUAUAUUUCAACUAA